AUUUAGAUCUGUGUAGUUACAUAGAAGUAGAGUAGAUCUAGACUAUUUUAAACUAGAUCUAAGUAAAUCUAUAACAAGCAGGACUGUUUUUUACCGAAAGUUAAUUAUUGCUUUAUCGUUUAGAUAGAAUAUUCAUCAGAAUCCACCUUCAAAAAGGCGAUAAAAUAAUUGAUCUAUGAUAAAUCGUAAUAAAUGGCAUGGGCAUGUCAUGGUCGAUGGUGACGGCUGACGCUAGUUCAAGUUGAGUGGCGUGUGACGUUCGGUAAUGUGAAUCUGAAUGUCGGUAUGGAUUCAUUUCAGUCACUAGACUGUUUGACUGUAAAAAAAAGUGGAUAGAAGUUGUUUGAACACGAAUAAUGACGUAUUAAAAACCAUAAGAAGAUUCCAUACAUACUGGCCGUAUUAAAUAAUAUGACAAGGAAUUUAUUGAACUGCAACAUGUCCCAAACUUUUGGAAGUGUUGGCUGCUUAAAGUUGUCAUGCCGUUUUAUUCUGUGUACCGGUACUAAUAUUAACAUUGGUGGAAAACUAGCUGCUAAACACUACACAAUAAGGAGCAACAGUUUCUUAUUUGACACAGUGGUGUGUGAUAAUGGUUAUAGUACUAAUAAAGCAAUUCAUGUGAGGCACAGCCUCAUUCAGAAGAGGUUGUUUUUCUAUAGCACACUUUGUACGAAGGAAGCCAUUUUGUCUGGUGAGACAGAUAGAUAUAAUGGUGUUUGGGUGGAUAUGACCAAGAACUCUCUCUCUGAAGAUGACUUGACUAAAGUUUUACUGGCAUCACUUGAAGCAUGGAAAAAGGACAAAAUCAAAGCUGUUUGGCUGCAGGUGCCCCUAUCCCGAGGGACUGUAUUUAGUGUCAGCUCUAAGUUUGGCUUCCAGUUUCACCAUGCUGAAGGGGAGAAAGCACUGCUGUAUCUCUGGAUGAACACACAACAAGAAAGUAGAAUUCCCAUCUUUGCAACUCAUCAAGUUGGUGUCUCAGGUAUGGCUGUCAGAGAUGAUACCAAAGAAGUGUUAGUUGUAAAAGAUAAAAAUAGACCAUUUCAACUUUGGAAGUUUCCAGGCGGUUUGUCAGAUCUUGGUGAAGAUAUUGCUGCUACUGCAGAAAGAGAAGUGUUUGAGGAAACAGGGGUUAAGACAGAGUACCAGUCAGUGCUGGCCUUCCGUCAACAGCACAAACCUCCAGGUGCAUUUGGCAGGUCGGACCUGUACGUGAUAUGCAGGUUAAAGCCCCUAACAUAUGAGCUUAACCCUUGCCAAGAGGAGAUUGAGUCCUGCAGGUGGAUGUCAUUAGAAGAGCUCAAGUCAGAAGUGCAGGCCACCUCUCUCACUCACAUAAUGGCUGAGCUUGUCUUGUAUGGAUUGAGACAUGGAUUCCAACAAGUGGACAUCACUUCCUACCAGAUGGCUUCUAUUUAUAAAGGACUCAAGUUCCAUAUAUUUCACAGGCCUUUUGGUAGCUAAAUAAACAUUUGAUGUUGAAAUGUAGGUGAUAUACAAUAUAAUAGAGACCACAGUAGAUAUUAUGCUAGUGAUAUUUCAUUUUAUGCUUUUAAAAAACUUUCAUGUGAUGUUUUUUUUUAAUAUAUAUAUUUAAAUCUAUGGAGAAAUGUUAUAUAAUGUAAUUUUGUAAUUUUUAUUUGUUUAAAUCUUUUAAUACUUUAGAGAAAAUUGUAAUCUUCUUCUUUAGAAAGAUAUUUUUUCAUAAAAUUUUGGAAUCCACUGCCACCACAUCCCCUGUUACAGCUUAGAUGAAUGUUAAUUUGGUCAUAUAUUAUUCAAGAAUUAUAGAUGAAUAUUUCAAGUUUUGACAAUCAUUGUUUCAAGAGAGAGCUUUAGAAUCCAUACAUGUUAUUUUUUUGUUUAUGCUUUUGUAAGUGAUACUGUCAAAACAAAAGAGCUGUUCUGAUUCAGUGGGUAGAUAUUAAAUCUGGUGUUUAGAUUGAGUGUUGGUAAAUACUUUAUUGUGUCUUUCAAAUGAGUUUUGUAUGCAGUAUUCAGAGAUUGAUAUUCAAAGUUUAUAUAGUGUUUACCUUCUCUUCUUUACAUGUAUCAGUACUGUAUACAAUUCUCAUAUGUUGAUGUGACAAUCCAAAGUCUAUAUACAUCUCUGAAGACCUGCUUUAUAUGGUCAUGUCUAAUGAUAUGAAAAGCAACUGUAUAACUUUGCCUUUAUUUUUUAAGUUUUAUAUUCUGUCUGCAUUUUAUGUGGCAAAAUAUGUAGAUGACAGAAAAGCAUAACCAUUUGAAAUAAUGCAUUCAUUCUUAAUCCUUGUACUCGAAGACAAGAUAUAAGUAAACAUUCUGGCUAGCAAUCUUCUUUAGACUUAAGUUCUCACAUUGGAUAAAAUGGCUCCAAGGUAUUUCAAAGAGUUGACCUUUUUGAGUUUGUGUCCUUAUAACAGUGGGUUAUAAUCUUUGUUUUUAUAAUCUUGAUCUCCAGACAUUUUUAGAGUACGAUCAGAUCUUGCUAGGAUGACGAACAGACCUUGCUAGGAUGUCAAUCAGACCUUGUUAGGAUGUCAAUCAGACCUUGUUAGGAUGUCAAUCAGAUCUUGUUAGGAUGUCAAUCAGACCUUGUUAGGAUGACUGGGCUUAAUGUUUUGUAAUUUUGACAUAGUUGUUAGUUGUUUUUCUUGGAAAGGGUAAUUUCUACUGAGCAUGUCCUUUUGUUUUUCUGCCAGAUCAAGCAGAAACAGCUAUUAACAACUUUGAUAAUCAGAAUAUCAUCCAUUUGAUUCAUUUCAUACAAAAUUUUCAACUCUAUUUUCAUCAAAAUUAAAUAAAAAAAUAAAUAACAAUAUAAUUGUUUGAUAUUAAAAUUAAAAACAAAAACUUUCUUUUCAUUUAGAUUAUUAAGAAGAUUUUCUACACUUUUUGUUCUAAUGUCUGUUUAUUUAUUACUAGAGUCAUUUUUUUAAAUUCAUACACCUUCAUACAUUAUUAAUUUUUCUUCAAAGAAUUUCUCCACAGUGAAUAAAAUCUGACUAUAAAAAAACAACUC